AUGAGCUGCAACAAGAUGUCGGAAUGUCAACUGGAGGCACCUCAAGUUUCUGUUCGAGAUUUGUCCUGCCCCUGGGGCGCGGGGCGCGGAGAACGAUCGUCCACCCGGUCCUCCAUCGUAGGAUGUUUCGAAUGCCCUGCGGGCACGACCCGCUUGGUCGAUGCUGUCAAUGCCUUGUGCGAACAAUGCCCAGAGAAGGCAGAGUGGUGCCUGUCCACAGGGUUGAAGAUGCCGCUGGGAAUGACGGUCGAUUGGUGGAAUCUAUCUUCGUCGACUUAUUGUCCAAAUCCUUCGGCUUGUCCUGGUGGUGAAAUAAAGAGUUUGCCAGGUGUUGACCAUUCAAAGCGAUCGCAGAUGGUGUUUAGUUCGAUGUGCCGCACGGGGUAUAAGGAUGAUGGGUGCUGGAAGUGUUCCGAAAAGUAUGGCACAGCUGACGGCAACCCGUUGAGUUGUGCUCCAUGUUCUGACUCUGUCUUUGGCUUGAUUCGGGCACUGACGUACUACGUUGUGAAGGAUACAUGGUUGUUCUUUUCAGCAGUCGCAAGCGCUUUGACAGCCACUGGUCAGAAGAAACAAAGCUCAGUUCUGAUCAAUCAGCUCAUGGCAUUUGCCACCGUGUCCAGCAUCGUGGUGUCUGCUGUGAUGCAAACCGAUACCUUCAAACAGCUGCAUUACAACCUCCAGUGGUUCUUGCAAUCUUCAGAUUUGGUGGUAGGCUUCGCACAAGGGGGUGGUAGUGGCAGCAGCAUAUCCACCGAUUGCUUGCUGAGGCAAUUUGGCCUUUCACCUGGGCUGAUGACAAUUCACAUGGCUUCGAGCAUUAUACCUCUCAUUUUGAUGUUGAUCCUGGCAGUUGUAAAGGAGCCAUUGAUUUCAGUGGUGGUUGGGACAAACGUCUUCCUUCCUGGAUUCACUUCUUUAUUUGGGAACUAUUUAAUUGCCUUCCGGUUGAAGCCUUUCGACGAAGGUGGCGAUCUCUUGAUGCCAUUCAUGCCGGGCUUUGCACUGGACUGGUUGGUCAUCUCAGCUGCAAUCCUGGUGUGCUUUGCCGUAGGAACUGGCAGUUGGUAUCGCGUUGCACUAUCCAAGAGUGAUGAAGUGGAGAUGCCGAGACAUGUUCUUUAUUUGACUCAACCCUAUAGGCCACAGUGCAGGGCUUGGGAGAUCGAGCGGCUGGCCCGGAAGAUGCUGCUCUCUUUGCUCACAGCGACGAUACCAGUGACCUUUUCAGGGGCCUUGCAGAUGCAGGUUGUAUCUGCUAUUUUAAUCAUCUCGCUGACACUGCAUUAUCGCUGGUCGCCAUACAAAGAUUGCAAAUGA